AUGGAUCCUUGGGGUUGUAAAAUUAGUAUAUCAGAAGUUCCAGCAGAAUUUGAAGAUAAUUUCAAGCCUGAACAGAAGUUUGAUAAAUUGACUGAUUCUGCCGAGUACCUCGCCGUCCUCGAAAGAAAACUAAAAGCCCUAAGAAAGAAAAAUAAAGUAGUUGAAGACCUAGCUGCUUACAGAGCUGACUGCCUUGAUCGUCUCCUAAGAGAAGGUUGCGAUCUUGACCCUGUCAUUGGUGAUACUGACUCUGAGAAACUCAUCCAAGAAUAA